UCUCCGCCUUCCCUCUCUGGCGGCCAUAUCCGUUUCAUCCGCCAGCUGAGCUUCUCUGGAGGUUCAAAGUUCAAACCGGGCCGAGACGAUAGAAUGAAGAAGAGAUUAUUGAGCUGCGAAGCUAUGGAGAUGGAGAUCGUUCUGGUUUAGACUAUACGUGUAAUUACUCAGAACCUUCUGCUUUCAAUUUUUCACUCACAUUCACGAUGACUAGUCGGAGCACACUCACUUCUUCUUUCCUGCCCGCGCUUCCUUCCCCCAGCAAGCCAGUUUAUGGCAAUAUCGUAAUUCCGUUAAGAAUUUCCUGCAAUUUUAGAAACUCGGAAGCCGAAGAAGAAUCUAACCUCAGUCAAAAUCGAUUGCAUUUACUCAACCUAUCCGUAACAUUAACUGUUAUCUCAGCUUCGCUGGCAAAACCCUCGUUAGCAGCUAGAGUCUCCGAGAGGAGGCGUUCGGGUAAAAAGUCGGAAGCUCUAACACCCCAGGAAUUGGAGAAAUGGUCACGAGGUCUCCCUACGGUGAGCCGUAGGCUUCCGUAUACGGAAAUUUUGGAUUUGAGGAAGGAGGGCAAGCUUAGGCAUAUAAUUAAGCCUCCUAGUGUAGGGCUAAAACAGCGGCCUGAGGUUGUUUUGGCUGUUUUGGAGGAUUCUAGGGUUGUUAGGAUUGUAUUGCCUUCAGCAGAGACUGAUCCCAAGUUUUGGGCGCAAUGGGACGAGUUGAAAAUAGAUGGACUUUGUAUGAACGCCUACUCCCCACCGGUGAAGAAUACAGACGUUACCUACCCUUAUUUGGGGUUUUUGGGAAGAAUUCCAGGUUGGAUGUUUUCAUUUGUGAAACCUAAACCGCAAUCGAAGAAGGCAUUAGAGUUGAAGAGAGUAAGGGAAGAGAUUAUGAAGAGUGGAAAAGAGGAGAUUGAGAGGACGAGGAAAGAAAGAGAGAGGAUGGAAAAUGCAAUUAAGAUGCAGAAGAAGAUGGAAGAGAAGAAGAACAAGAGGAAACUUCAGGAGGCUAAGUAUAAGGCUUCCUUGCGUCAGGCAGCAGAAAAUUCUGAAAAGAUGUCAAUGAUAUGGUAUGAGUUAGCUACCGACUCGAAUGUUACAACAGCUCUUGGACUUGUGUUCUUCUACAUAUUUUAUCGAACUGUUGUCUUAAAUUAUAGAAAGCAGAAGAGGGAUUAUGAGGACAGAUUAAAAAUACAGCAAGCAGAGGCUGAGGAGAAAAAGAAGAUUAGAGAACUGGAAAGAGAAAUGGAAGGGAUUGAGGGUGAUGCUGGUGAUGAUGAGGAAGGACAAAAAAGUGAGGAAAAUGAAUACAUGAAGAUGGCAAUGCAAUUCAUGAAGUCUGGUGCUCGUGUUCGAAGGGCUCGCAGUAAGAGACUUCCCCAGUAUUUGGAAACAGGUGUGGAUGUGAAGUUCUCUGAUGUUGCUGGGCUUGGAAAAAUCCGGCUGGAGCUUGAGGAGAUUGUAAAGUUUUUCACCCAUGGGGACAUGUAUCGCAGGCGAGGAAUAAGAAUACCAGGAGGAAUACUCCUUUGUGGUCCACCUGGGGUGGGGAAGACAUUGCUAGCAAAAGCAGUUGCUGGGGAGGCAGGAGUGAACUUCUUCUCCAUUUCUGCAUCUCAGUUUGUUGAAAUAUAUGUUGGUGUUGGUGCCUCUCGUGUCCGAGCACUCUACCAAGAGGCUAAGGAAAAUGCACCAUCUGUUGUUUUCAUUGAUGAGCUGGAUGCUGUAGGAAGAGAGCGUGGUUUGAUUAAAGGUUCUGGAGGGCAAGAACGUGAUGCCACUUUGAAUCAGCUUCUUGUGUGCUUGGAUGGUUUUGAAGGCAGAGGGGAAGUUAUUACUAUUGCUUCUACAAAUAGACCUGACAUUCUGGACCCUGCACUUGUUCGACCAGGACGGUUUGACCGGAAAAUUUAUAUCCCUAAACCUGGUCUUAUAGGUCGUGUUGAAAUUCUGAAGGUACAUGCUCGUAAGAAACCAAUGGAUCCAGAUGUGGACUAUAUGGCUGUUGCCAGUAUGACAGAUGGAAUGGUUGGUGCGGAGUUGGCCAACAUUAUUGAGGUUGCUGCUAUCAGCAUGAUGAGGGAUGGACGAAAAGAGAUUACUACGGAUGAUUUGUUACAAGCUGCACAAAUAGAAGAACGGGGUAUGCUGGAAAGAAAGGAGAGGAGCCCAGAAAUGUGGAAGCAAGUAGCUGUGAAUCAAGCAGCUACUGCUGUUGUUGCUGCAAAUUUCCCUGAUCUCAAGAAUGUUGAGUUUAUCACCAUUGCUCCACGAGCUGGCACGGAGCUAGGCUAUGUGCGAAUGAAAAUGGAUCAUGUGAAGUUUCAGGAAGGAUUGCUGAGCCGCCAAUCCCUCUUGGAUCACAUAACUGUUGAAUUAGCACCACGUGCAGCUGAUGAGCUUUGGUAUGGAGAAGGCAACCUGAGUACAAUAUGCGCAGAGAGUGCAGACGUUGCCCGGUCCGCUGCAAGGACUUUUGUUCUUGGUGGUCUCUCGGAUAAAAAUUAUGGUUUGUCCAACUUCUGGACUUCAGAUCAAAUAAAUGGCAUUGAUCUCGAGGCAUUACAAAUCUUAAACAUGUGCUAUGACCGAGCAAAGGAGAUACUUCAGCAGAACCAAAAACUCAUGGAUGCUGUUGUCGAUGAACUCAUUAUGAAGAAAAGUCUAAGCAAGAAAGAGUUCCUCAACUUGGUGGAGAUGCAUGGAUCCCUCGUUCCAAUGCCUACCAGCAUAGUCGAUUUAAGGUUAGCAAAACGGUUGGAGCUGCAGCAUAUAUUAACAGAACAGAAGUAAGCCAUCCGUGUAAAGUGGAUGCCUAUGAGCAGAAUUUAAAUGGCUGCCAAGCAGACACAGGGAGGCUGAGAGAUGAGCUGCAAGAUGAAUGAGUUUUUUACUUUUUCAAGAUGAAUUUUGCUGCGAGUAUCAAUCCCUGAUGAUGAACUGGAGAUCCUAGAAACAGGUAAUGUGUGCAUAGAAUGAAAGAUCUUGUUCCUUAAUUCAAUUUUUGUAGAAAUCAUGUUUUUGUUCUGCAGAAAUUCAUUCUCUUUAAUUAGGUAGUAGUUUGACAACAGGAAGGUCCUUUUUUUUUUUUUUUUUUUUUUUUUUGAAAUCAAGAAAUGAAUGUGUUUAUGUACUGGAGAGACAAUUGUUCCUGUAAUCCCGUAUCUCAUCAAUCAAUACAUAUCAGUUUCAGUGAUGA